GCUAUUGUUGGAAAAUUUAAAUAAAAUGUUAUUUACAUAACGUAAGCCCAUUAAAUAAUAGUUAUGGUCAGUAAAACUUUACUGAUGUUUCGAAAAGGCAGUAGAGAAUGUUUAUUUCUUGUUUUUGAUGAAGAACACUCUUCAUGUCCUUUAAAAUGAAUAUUUAUUUAUUCUUAAUCUAUUAUUGUGUUCAAUUAUGUGGUUCGACCCCCAUUUCCAACUAUUUACGUCAAAGAGAAAAUUUAAUCAGAAAAUCACAGAGUUUUGCUAUAGGAUCUCAUCUCAAGCUCGAUGAAAACGAAGUAGUAGUGAACGAAAUUCUGAUGGAAUACAAGAAACAAGAACUGUGGCAUGGUUUUAAUCCCAAAAGUUAUCUGGCUGGUAAAUAUUUUACUGAAGCAAAGGAAGGAAUAGAACGGUCAUGUGUCUAUAAGAUAAUUCAAAAGUUACCCAAAGGUGCAAAUUUACAUUGCCACGAUGAGGGAAUGGUAUCCGCAGAUUAUAUAUUCAACAAUUUAACACACAGAUCUAAUCUAUACGUGAAUUAUAAACCAAACCAUCCAAAUAUCAAAUUAAGGUUCUUGAAAACAAAUCCAGGUCCACCAUGGUUUCCUAUAGAAACAUUUAGGACAAUUUCUGACUCAUUUGACGUUAGACUGAAGGAGAGUCUAACAAUCGCUAGAAACAACUCUAGAGUUUUAUAUAGCGAUAUUGAUUCAGUCUGGAAAGCGUUUCAGGAUAUAUUUCCUCUUAUCCAGUCUAUGAUAAAUUAUAAAUCAGCGUAUGAAGAUUUCUUAUAUCAGGCACUCUUGGAACAAUAUGAGGAUAAUAUCAAAUACGUCGAGGUUCGUUUGGACUUAUCGCCAUUAUAUGACCUGAAAGGAACCAAAUAUACUAUCGAGGAUAAAGUUAAAGUAGUUCUUCAAGUUGUACGGAACUUUCAAAGAGACCAUCUCGAUUUUUGGGGAGCCAAACUAAUCCUAUCCAUUAUGCGAGGUAGUGAUUUUGACGAUAUUCAGCACAAGUUGGAGAUUAUAAAAACUAUAGCUCAAAAGUAUCCCGGAUUUGUGGUUGGUAUUGAUCUGAUUGGACAAAAAGACCUUGGUAAACCUUUGAUAAACUUCUUACCUCAACUAAUGGACCUACAAAAGCAAGGUAUUAAAUUCUUCUUUCACGCUGGCGAAACACUAUGGAAUGGAGAAGCAUCAGACCAGAAUUUGUAUGACGCCAUAUUGCUAAACACCAGCAGAAUUGGUCACGGUUAUGCUGUGACAAAACAUCCAGAAAUUUUAAGGCUAAUCAAGGAAAAAUCUAUCCCUCUGGAAAUAAGCCCUAUAUCAAAUCAGAUACUUGGCUUGGUGAAAGACUUACGUAACCAUCCUGCAAAUUUUUUGAUAGCCAAUAACUAUCCUUUAGUUAUAACGUCAGACGAUCCAGCAAUAUGGAACGCCCAGGGACUUAGUUUUGAUUGGUACAUGACAUUUAUGGCGAUGACAGGCAGUGACGUCGAUCUAAAAUUUCUCAAACAACUCGCCAUGAACUCGAUUAUCUACAGCUCUAUGACGCCGAACUUUAAGCAAGAAGUACUGAAAUCAUGGAAUGACGAUUGGGAGUUCUUCCUACGAGAAGUUAUGUAUAAUAAUGUAUGUUAAUUUAUUGUAAACGCGUUUAAAAGGAGUCAAGUGAAUUGGUCAAGUCACAGGAACCGAUUUGAAAGUAGGGUUACCAGAUGAAAACUUGUCCACUCCGGGCAAACUUUCCCAAAAUCCGGACGUCAUAGUUUUUAACAAAGUAGCAUUUUUUACAUUACCACUGAUUGGUGAUAGUUAUCAUUUUUAAUUUAUUUAUAAAAUAAGAGCAAAAUAUACAUUUAUAACUUUCAAAACUUAAAACUUACGAAGUAAAACAAUGAAUUUACACUGCUGCAUUGGCUCCCUAACUGGCACAAAAAGCUUUGUACAUUCUGCGUAUGCCAAAAAAUUAUUGAUAUAGAGUGUAU